UUUAAGCACUCCUCUCUGCCCCUUCUCCUUCCACUUUUGGGUUUAAUUCCGCUUUCACAAAAUUCAAACCCCUCACAAAAAAAAAAAAUGUCCCUCCAUCUCCUCCUCCUUCGCCGCUCCUCUUCCACUCUAACAACCACCAAUCAUCCUCUACUACGAGCUCUCCACCACCUCAUUCUCUCUCCCCUCCAUCAUAUCCCAAACCCUAACCCUCCAAUUUCCACCACCCCACUCCUGCCAUCAUCUCGCACGUUCUCCUUUUCCUCAGCCGAAGAAGCCGCCGCAGAACGUAGAAGAAGAAGGCGCCGCCUCCGAAUCGAACCUCCACUCCAAGCAAUGCAACGCAACCCGAACCCUCCCCCUCGUGACCCCAACGCUCCUCGCCUCCCUGACUCCACAAGCGCAUUAACUGGUAAUCGCCUUAACCUCCACAAUCGAGUCCAAUCCCUAAUCCGCGCUUUCGAUCUCGACACGGCAUCCCAUGUUGCUCGUAAUUCUGUUUAUUCACGUACUCGCCCCACUGUUUUUACUUGCAACGCCAUCAUAGCUGCUAUGUAUCGCGCCAAAAGAUAUGACGAUGCGAUUGCGCUGUUCAAGUUCUUUUUUGAACAACAUCAUAUAGUGCCUAAUGUUGUUUCAUACAAUAAUUUGAUUAAUGCACAUUGCGAUGAGGGGAGAGUUGAUGUGGGGCUUGAGGUUUAUAGGCGUAUAAUUGAGAUAGCCCCGUUUUCACCGUCUUCAGUGACUUAUAGGCAUUUAACUAAAGGGUUGAUUGAUGCUGGGAGGAUGGAGGAUGCGGUUGCUUUGUUGAGGGAGAUGUUGGUUAAAGGGCAUGGUGCGGAUUCGUUGGUUUAUAAUAAUGUGAUCAAAGGGUUUUUGGAGUUGGGGAAUUUGGAGAAGGCUGAUGAGUUCUUCAAUGAGUUGAAAGAGAGGUGUCUGGUUUAUGAUGGAGUGAUUAAUGCCACGUAUAUGGAUUGGUGGUUUAAACAAGGGAAGGAUAAGGAGGCUAUGGAAAGUUACAAGUCUUGGCAGGAUAGGAAUUUUAAGGUGGUACCAGCAACAUGUAAUACCAUUUUGGAGGUUCUAGUUAAAUAUGGGAAGAAAGAGGCUGCAUGGGCUUUGUUUGAGCAUAUGCUGGAUAACCAUACCCCACCGACCCACCAAGGUGUAAAUUCAGAUACAUUUAAUACAAUGGUGAAUGAGUGCUUUAGGGAAGGGGAGUUUGAGGAGGCAAUUAAUACAUUUAAAAAGGCAGGGACAAAGCCUGGAUCUAAGCCUUUUCAAAUGGAUGUUGCGGGGUACAACAACAUUAUCGCAAGGUUUUGCGAGAAUGGGAUGAUGAAGCAGGCGGAGGAGUUCCUUGCAGCAUUAUCUGCCAAAUGCUUGACUCCUGAUGUCACGACUUUUAGGACAUUAAUCGAUACAUAUUUGAAGAUGGAGGAGAUUGAUGAUGUUUUGAGAAUGUUCAAUAAAAUGGCAGAUGCUGGUUUGAGGGUGGUGGCAAGCUUUGGGACUAGAGUGUUUGGUGAGUUGAUUAAGAAUGGCAAGGCAGUGGAGUCUGCAGAGAUUUUGACCAAAAUGGGAAACAAAGAUCCAAAACCAGACUCCUCAAUCUAUGAUGUUGUGGUUAGGGGGCUUUGUAAUGCUGGUGCACUUGACAUGGGCAAGGAUAUCGUCGACCAAAUGAUGAAAUAUGGUGUUGGUGUUCCACCUGUAUUGAAGGAUUUUGUACUUGAGGUUUUUGAAAAUGCUGGACGGGGUAGUGAGGUUAAGAGUGUUUUGGAUCAAAGUAAGUGGAUUAACAAUUCAAGACCUGCUUAUCCAAGACAGCCUCAAAGUCAACAUGAACCUACUCAAAUGGCAAGUGGGUGGCCAUUAGGGCCUUCUCCAUUGAUGGGAAAAUCAAUUUCAGGUGAACCUCAGAUUUCAAGAUCACAGUCCUUUGGAGUCCAUCCAAUGUCAAGACAAACACAAUUAGGAUCUCCUCAGAUGACUGGGCAGCUGCCACUAGGUUCUCAUAAUAGGCAACAGCCAUCAGAAUUCCACAAUAUGGAUCAACAACAGCCAUCAAAACCUUACCAAGGGCAACAAUCUUCAUGGUCUUCUCAAGCAGGAGGCCAGCAUCCACCAUGGUCUCCUCAAACAGCAGGCCAACAGCUAUCGUGUUCUUCUCAAACAGGAGGUCAACAGCCGUCAUCAUGUUCUUCUCAAACUGGACCGCAGCUGUCACAUUCUUCUCAAACAGGCCAGCAUCCUCCAUGGUCCUCUCGAGCAGGAGGCCAGCAGCCAUCAUGGUCCUCUCGAGCAGGAGGCCAGCAGCCAUCUUGGUCCCCUCAAACAGGAGGCCAGCAGCCAUCUUGGUCCUCUCAAUCAGGAGGCCAGCAGCCAUCUUGGUCCUCUCAAACAAGAGGACAGCAGCAAUCAUGGUCCUCUGAUAGGGGAGGGCAUCAGCCAUCAUGGUCCUCUGAAACUGGGGGACAGCAGGCAUUAGGGUCCAGUAAUAUGGAACAUCAGCCACCAGGAACCUCUCAUAUGAUUAAAUGCCAUCCAAAUGAAUCUCCACAGAUGUCAGGACAGGCAACUUUUCAAUCCUCACAGAAUGGUGGACAAUAUUCCUACGGGUCACCUUCAGUGGUCAGAAACCAUCCUGUAGGAUCCUCACCAGAUGCACCUUUUCAAUCCUCACAGAAUGGUGGACAAUAUUCUUACGGAUCACCUUCAGUGGUCAGAAACCACCCUGUAGGAUCCUCACCAAAUGCACCUUUUCAAUCAUCACAGAAUGGUGGACAAUAUUCUUACGGAUCACCUUCAGUGGUCAGAAACCACCCUGUAGGAUCCUCACCAAAUGCACCUUUUCAAUCCUCACAGAAUGGUGGACAAUAUUCUUACGGAUCACCUUCAGUGGUCAGAAACCAUCCUGUAGGAUCCUUACCAAAUGGAGGACAAUAUUCUAAUGGAUCACCUUCAGUGGUCAGACACCAUCCUGUAGGAUCCUCUCAGAUGGCUGGACAACAACAAGGGGAAGACAACCAGCAGCAGCCAAAUGGACCUUCAGAUAUGGCUGAACAACAUUCAUCGGGAGCCCUUGAAUGGCAACACAGCCACCAGCAGGCAGCAGCAUGAUUCCAGGAACGGAGUGACUUGAUAAAUUUCCUGGUUCUUUCAGGGAUUGAUCUUGAGUUGGGACAGGAAUGCUACAUCAUCGAUAUAUGUGCAGGGAUUGUCCCUGGUUGCUAGUUUCACUUGCAAGCAUAAAUGGUAGAAGUGCCACUAUGCGUUUAGGAAGUGCUUAAUGCAUGAGUCUUAUACGAUGAUCAAUUAUUCUUGGUACUUUUUGACCCUUUAUAUUUAUUAAAGAUAUCCCAUUGAUUAGUCAACGUUAAUCUACCUGACUAGUGCUAGAGAGACUCUUGUGUAAUAAUCAUCCAUGUAAAUUUGCAGGUCAUCAGGUGAAUUGUGCGGCCACUGAAUAUCAUAACAGUUAACUAAACAAUUUUGAACCUGUUUCAUUAGCUUAUGGGAGGGUUAAUUUCUCUUUUUUUCUGAAUUCAUACUACGGAAUGUGGGAUCAUUGGAUGUGAUGCUCUCCCAAAGUUGCUUCACAGCACUUGAACGCUCUUUGCUUGAUGUAUUCUCCUUAAUGUUAUUCUACACCCCAUAAAACGAUAUAAAUGUAUUGGCUUGCAUAUGGAAUUAAUGUGAUGUAAAUGUAAUGGUUUAUUGGCUU